AUGGAUGAAGAAUAUGAUGCGAUUGUCUUGGGCACAGGGCUUAAAGAAUGCAUCCUUAGUGGUAUGCUUUCUGUGUCCGGAAAAAAGGUAUUACACAUUGAUCGUAAUAAGUAUUACGGUGGCGAAUCGGCAUCAAUUACUCCGUUAGAGGAAUUGUUCGCGAAGUUCAAUGCACCAGCUCCGGAUGAAACAUACGGUCGAGGACGUGAUUGGAACGUGGAUUUGAUCCCGAAAUUUUUGAUGGCGAAUGGUCUCUUAGUAAAACUGCUUAUACAUACGGGCGUAACCAGGUAUUUGGAAUUUAAGUCUGUUGAAGGAAGUUACGUUUAUAAAGGAGGAAAAAUUUCGAAAGUGCCCGUAGAUCAGAAGGAAGCUUUGGCGUCCGAUUUAAUGGGGAUGUUCGAAAAGAGACGAUUCCGUAACUUCCUCAUAUACGUUCAAGAUUUUCAAGAAGAAGAUGCGAAAACUUGGAAAGAUUUUGAUCCCAGUACAGCAAAUAUGCAGUCACUGUAUGAUAAGUUUGGUCUUGAUAAAAACACUCAAGACUUUACUGGCCAUGCCCUAGCACUUUACCUAGAUGAUAGCUACCUGCAGCAGCCAGCUAUUCAAACAAUUCGUCGCAUUAAGUUAUACUCUGAUUCCCUCGCUAGAUAUGGUAAGUCACCAUAUUUGUAUCCCAUGUAUGGGCUUGGCGAGCUGCCGCAAGGUUUUGCUCGGCUUUCAGCAAUUUAUGGCGGAACUUACAUGUUAGACAAGCCAAUUGAUGAGAUUGUCCUAGGGGAGGGAGGUAAAGUUGUUGGUGUGCGCUCAGGAAAUGAAAUAGCUAAAUGUAAACAGGUGUAUUGUGAUCCCAGUUAUGUUCCUGACAGAGUUCGCAAGAAGGGUCAAGUAAUCCGCUGCAUUUGCCUAUUAGACCAUCCUAUUGUUAAUACUAAGGAUGCUUUAUCUACUCAGAUAAUUAUCCCACAAAAGCAGGUGGGAAGGAACUCUGAUAUUUAUGUUUCCCUGGUAUCAUACACUCAUCAAGUUGCUGCCAAAGGAUGGUUUAUUGCCAUGGUAUCUACUACAGUAGAAACAAAUGAUCCAGAAUCUGAGAUCAAACCUGGUUUGGACUUGUUGGGUCCUAUAAGGCAGAAGUUUGUUUCUGUGUCUGAUUACUUUGAGCCUAUUGAUGAUGGUAGCCAAAGCCAAAUCUUUAUAUCUGAAUCUUAUGAUGCAACCACUCACUUUGAAACAACAUGCUUAGAUGUGUUAAAGAUCUACAAGAGGGGUACUGAUGAAGAUUUUGACUUCUCCAAAGUAAAAGUAGAGUUGGGAGAAGAGGAGCAA